UCCCUUAUUUUGCCAUCCCAGGCAGCCCACAAGAACAAGCGAGGCGCAGUUGAAGCCCAUAUCAAUGGCGAUCAAGAUCGCUUGUUGCUGAUACUUUCUGCACUGUCUCCUCGUUUCAUCCGCUCUCCCGAUCGAAAUCUGUUUCCCUUGAUCGGUUGUCGAGGUGCGAUUGUGCUCUUUUGGGAUAAUCGUUUUGUUUUUUUGAGAGGAAAGCGAAUGGCGGCCGUGGCCGAGAAGGCGAUCGCGUCCGACGAACAAUUGCUCCAUCGCAAGUCGCCGCCGCCACCGGCGGCGUUGGCGGAGGAAACGGAUAGGGAUUACAAGAGGGACGUGAAGAGGCUGGUUGAUUUGCUCUCCAAAUUAAACCCCUUUGCCAAGGAGUUCGUCCCUUCGUCUCAUGCUUCAGCCGCCGCCGAUGGCCACGGGAAAUCUGACAGCCAGCUCUCCGCCGAUGCCCCCAUUUUCGUGGCGUCCAGUGAUUACUAUUACAAUUAUGGACCGAUUAGUAAUAGUGGUAGUAGAAAUGAUUCCAGCAGUGAUGGAUCAUCGAAUAAUCAACCUAAUCGUAGAAGGAGAAAUGGCUCUAGCCAGGGCAAGAAGAGACUGAACAAUAGGCUUCGAGGGGCUAAAAGGGAGGAUAGCAUUAAGCGAACAGUAUAUGUAUCUGACAUUGAUCGCUUUGUAACUGAAGAGAAGCUUGCUGAAAUAUUUUCUACUUUUGGAACAGUAGUUGAUUGCAGAAUUUGUGGUGAUACCAAUUCAAAUCUUCGAUUUGCAUUUAUAGAGUUCUAUAAUGAGGAUGGUGCAAGAGCAGCACUGAACCUUGGGGGAACUGUGCUAGGUUACUACCCUGUCAGAGUCUUACCUUCAAAGACUGCAAUUCUGCCAGUGAAUCCGGAAUUUCUUCCUAGAUCUGAGAAUGAAAAGGAAAUGGUUGUGAGGACAGUGUAUUGUACAAACAUUGAUAAGAAGGUCACUGAAACAGAUGUCAAAAGUUUCUUUGAACAACUCUGUGGUGAGAUUUCUCGAAUGAGAUUUCUUGGUGAUAGUGUACACUCAACAUGUAUUGCAUUCGUAGAGUUUGUUUGGGCGGAAAGUGCCAUUGUUGCUCUGAGCUGCAGCGGUAGGAUUUUAGGAGAUCUUCCUGUCAGGGUCAGCCCUUCGAAGACGCCUGUAAGGCCACACCCCGCACGCACGGCUUCAAACUGAUUCACCAUCCAUAACUGCUGAGAAACACAACGCUGGUCCUUUUUUCAUUUCUUUGUUCUACUCAGAAGUACAUGAGCAAACUUUGAGAAAAGCUUAGAUGCUCGGAUUACACCGUAUUGCUGUUGCUUUGCAACCGCUACGCUUUGAUUUAUUUGUUUAUUUGGAUCGAGGGGAGGGUCCAUGAACCUCUCGGUAGCUGAUCUUAUUUCUCUGAUAGGUGCAGAAAUUUUAGCUGAAUCUAGCGAGAUACUUAUGCUGUUAGAUUACUUCCGCCGCCAAUUUGGUCUCUAAAUCAAUUUCUAGCACCA